GUGGUAAUGUUGCGACGGAACUAUUGUACACAAUAGCUGCAGAGGAGCUAAAGUACACAGCAAAUUCAGAAAGCAAAACCACACAAAAAUAGGGCAGAAAUGGGAGCCAACUGGAACAACCACGAAAUAAUAGAACUCUUGUCUGCUCGUGCCGAAGACGAAAUUGUUCGUCAGAUAUCUGGUACUGUCCGCGAUGCUGUGGUUUAUGACAGGAUGACACUCAUGCUCCGCGAAAGAGGCGUCUACAGAAGCAAAUCGCAGAUCAUCAGCAAACUAAAAUCACUUCGAAGACAAUACCAUCAUUACCGGGAAAGUGACAGUGGGCGACAAAGUUGGAUGUAUUUUGACAUCUGCCAAACUAUUUGGGGAAAUAGCCGCUCAGCAAGUCCCGCAGCUGUGGAUAGCAACUUGGAGCCCGAAUGUGACCUAGAACGAACGGUAGAACCAGAAAGCAAAACCACACAAAAACAUCGGACAGAAAUAGGAGCAAACUGGAACAGCCACGAAAUAAUAGAACUGUUGUCUGCUCGUGCUGAAGACGAAAUUGUUAGUCAGAUAUCGGGUACUGUUCGCGAUGCUGUGGUUUACGACAGGAUUACACACAUGCUCCGCGAAAGAGGCGUCUACAGAAGUAAAUCACAGAUAAUCAACAAACUAAAAUCACUUCGAAAACAAUACUAUCAUUACCGGGAAAGUGACAGUGGGCAACAAAGUUGGAUGUACUUCGACGUCUGUCAAACUAUUUGGGGAAACAGCCACUCAGCAAGUCCCGCAGGUGUGAAGCUGGAGAGCAGUUUCGAAGCCGACUCCGACUUGGAACGAACGGUAGAUCCAGAAAGCAAAACCACACAACAACAUCGGACAGAAAUAGGAGCAAACUGGAACAAUAACGAAAUAAUAGAACUGUUGUCUGCUCGUGCGGAGGACGAAAUUGUUAGUCAGAUAUCUGGUACUGUUCGUGAUGCUGUGGUUUACGACAGGAUAGCAGACAUUCUCCGCGAAAAAAGCGUUCACAGAAGCAAAUCGCAGAUCAUCAGCAAACUAAAAGCACUUCAAAAACAAUAUUAUCAUUACCGGAAAAGUGACAGUGGGCGACAAAGUUGGAUGUAUUACGACGUCUGUCACACUAUUUGGGGGGAUAGUCGCUCAGCAAGUCCCACGGAAUUGGAGAGCAGGUUGGAGCCCGACUCUGACCCAGAAGGGACGACAGAUUCUGAAAGCAAACCCUCACAGAAACAUCGGACAGAAUGGAACAGCCACGAAAUAAUAGAACUACUGUCUGUACGUUCCGAAGACGAAAUUGUAAGUCAGAUUUCUGGUACUGUUCGUGAUGCUCUGGUUUACGAAAGGAUUUCACAUAUGCUCCGCGAAAGAGGCGUCCAUAGGAGCAAAUCGCAGAUCAUCGGCAAACUAAAAUCACUUCGAAAACAAUACAAUGACUACCGGAAAAGUGAUAGUGGACAAAGAUGGAUGUAUUUCGACAUCUGCCAAAGUAUUUGGGGGGAACGCCGCUCAGCAAGUCCUGCAGCCCUCGAGAGCAGCUUGGAGCCCGACUCUGACCUGGAAGGAACGGCAAAUUUAGAAAGCAAAAAAAGACGAAAACAUCAAAUAGAAACGGCUACAAAUUGGAGCUACAGUGAAACAAAAGAACUGCUGUCUGCUCGCGCCAAAGACGACAUUGUUUGUCAGAUAUCUGGUACCGCUAGAGAUGCUUUGGUGUAUGACAGGAUUUCAGACAUUCUUCGCGAAAGUGGUAUCCAUAGAAGCAAAUCGCAGAUUAUUGACAAACUGAAAACAUUGAGAGCAAAAUACUUGCAGGUUAACGAUCACUAUCGGAAAACUGGUAGUGGGCGACAAUGGUUGUAUUUCGACAUCUGCCAGUCUAUUUGGGGGGACAGCCGCUCAGCAAGUCCCGCACAUCUGUUGAAACCCGACCCUGACUCUGAGGAGGCCACGAGCGACACAAUGGACGGCGAGGGCAGCGGUAGCGUUCAGCUUGCUCCAAACUUGUUUUCAGAAGCGCUUAGAAAGCAGUUCACCGUCCCCAUGCUGGAUCUGGAGAGUUUCCUGUCAGCUAAAGUGAAGCUGCGUCAGGAAGGUCUGCUGGACUCGCAGCUCAAGUCCAACCUUGAACAUGUCGCCCAGGUGUUGGAUGCCAUGCCAGCUGUCAAGCGCAGAGAUGUCUCCUUGCUAGUGGAAGGGGAGCGCCAACUGGUCAAGUUUGUCUCGGGCAACCCGAGCCUCCAUUACACAGUAAGGCAGGGCUCCACAGGUCCUGAACUGCUCCAGAGAGUUCAGGUGGGCCCCAGACUGACCCGCGCCAGCAUUGCCAAGACGCACUUUGCCGGCCAUCAUUGCCGCGACGACUUUGAGAGCUGCAUGGAGAGGGCACAUCAGGUGGUCGGCACCAGCGAAGGAGGUCUGGCAAACGUGGAGCUGAAGAUCGCCUGCGGAGAGCUGCGGCUCACCUACACCACCCCGCAGCCCCAGGCCACCAUCGAGAUCCGGCCUCAGCGCAGAGUGAACCUCGGCAAGGCUCUGACCCUGGAGAAGAUCCUGGAGGUGAAAAACAGCAUGGAGCAAAUUGGAGCCAUGAGCAGAGGCCUGCAGGCCUGCUUCCAACACCUGCUGGCGAACCACAGCCAGUACCAGGGGGAGAACAGCCGCAUCGUGCUCCAGAGCGACGGGGAGAUGGUGGAGCUCAUCAGCGGGAGACAUAACUACCACAGUGCCCAGCAUUACAUCUUCACUGAUUCAGACAACCAGGUUCAAAGUCACAAGGUCCAGGAUAUUGACCUGUGGGAUGACAGUUAAAGUAGCAUAACCAAUCAAAAGCUAAUUUUGCUUUGUAAAGGAUAAUGUAUAGUCUGCUGGUCAGUAUCGGAAAAUAAAUCCCAACACUUAUUUUUCGAUACUGAUCGGCGGACCAUACAUUAUUCCGCUUAUUAUACGGUUACUCGCCAAAGUGAUAAAAGACAGUCCUCCAAAAUACCUCUUUCUAAUGAUUUUAUUGCCGUUCCGGGACUUCUGCUAAGAAAAAAAUUGUUCUUCACGCAAAUAGAACUUUAGAGUUUCAGGUGUUGUGUAGCAACCUAUUGUUGGCUGACUUCAAGUUAUAAUGACUUUCUGUUUCGGUAAAUCACCGGACUACGUGCGGAAUGACAUGAAAGAUGUGAAUUAGAAGCACAAAACCGUGGCCAAUGGCAGCAGUCAUUACUUUUUUUCAGUGGUCAAUAUAAAGAUAUGUCAGACCUCCAAACGUUGGGGUGGCCCACUGUAAUCAAUGCAACUUUUUGCAACAUUCUGUGGAGCCUUCACAUUGGAAGUCACAUUGCUGGACGAGAUACGACUUUGCUCAGAAGGAGACCUUUUAGUACUUCAGUGCUACUGGUGAUUAUGUAUAAAGCCUUUCAAAGCAAUCUUUUUAUUAUGUAUGUAUAUACGUAUAGCUAUAUAUUUUUGUCUUUAAGUAGACUGUCCUUUUUACCUUCUUCAAUCAAUGCAAGACUGCAGGCGAUUAAUGUAUAUGUAAUAUUACUGGCUUCUGUAUUAAAAACAAAACUUUGACAUGUUGAUCUAAA